AUGGUUCCUGACGCCUCUGCCUUCGUCGAUGCAUGCACGUACUUGCCUGACUUGGAGGGUCAUAGCCCGGAGGAGAGGUGCUGGGUCCCCGCUAGAGACUACCUGGACCCAGCCUCAUUGCCGACUUCCACCGCCGGCACCCAGGUCAACCAGGUAAUCCAGAGGAGGAUAGAUGGAUCUCUGAACUUCUACAGACCCUGGAACCAGUACAAAGUUGGUUUUGGAAACCCAGAGGGAGAAUACUGGUUAGGACUGGAGAACAUCCACCUUCUCACUAAGAGGAGGAAGUAUGAGCUGAGGGUAGACAUGGAGGACUUUGAAGGAAACCGUGUGUUUGCCAUGUACUCUUCCUUCUUUUUGGACUCUGAGGCAGACGGAUACAAGCUUCAUGUCACUGGAUUCACCAACGGAGGAGCAGGUGACUCACUGGCCUAUCAUAGUGGGUUGAUGUUCAGCACCUUCGACAAAGACCAGGACACUUGGUCUGACAACUGUGCAGCUACUUACUAUGGGGCAUGUUGGUAUGGUUCUUGUCACUACGCUAACAUCAAUGGAGAGUACCUAUGGGGAACCUCCAAACAUUACACUACAAGUGUCAAUUGGAAUCACUGGAAAGGUUAUCAUUAUUCUCUGAAAGCUGUCUCUAUAAAGAUUAGACCAGUGCCUUAGACCAGUGGGGUAGCUACAUUUGAUAAACAGCCACAUAUAACUCUUUAUUUACUGGUUGAUUACCAUUUUGAACAGUAAGCCGGCUAAAUCAUUGAUCCAACUUUCUGGAACAGUCCCCAGUGUAGAGAAGCUGCAGCCAGCAGGGUCUCCCAAUGUGUAUAGCAGGGGCUUGGUAACACUACUCUGACAUUAUGUUGUUAAUCAGACAAUCAGAGCCCCCUGUACCAGAUUAGAGUGAAAUGUGGGAUAUCAGGGAUGUUCAGUGCUAUAUACACUGUCUGUUAUGUAUGCUAUGAAUGUUUCUGAUCUGACCAGAUUUAAUUAAUGUGGUUAUGUUUAUCAACUGUCACAAACAUUGGACUCGCUCCAGGCCUACUACAUUCUAGACACCUGCCAGAUCUCACAAUGUAGCGACCCUGUGCCUGAUGCUAGUACAGUAGUUGAACAGUAGUUGAUGCAAUGCAAUGACUGCAAUGUAAUCAGCCUGGAAUGAGGCCAAUGUUACAAUAUAAGGUAUGCAGUGUAUGUGUGUGUGGUAGCAAAGGGCAUUAUGUUUAACAUUCGUAGGCCUGGUAUUAAGCCUAGUCCUGGACUAUAAUGCACUUUCAAUGACCAUGUUCCAUUGAUAAUUAUUGUUUGUCCAGGAUUUGGCUUAAAUCUGGGUCUGGGAAACCAUCGCUUAGUGCAUAAAUGUGUUGUUCUCCUUUUAUGGCUGCCAUGAGCUCACGUCACUUUGCUAUGAUAAGAUUGAAUGAGUCCUGAAAAUGAUAUCUGUUAAUAUAGAUAAAACAAUCCAAACUGUGAACUUUUACUGAGUUGAUUUCACUUUUUAAUAAAGAUUAGUUG